AUGCCUGCGACAGAGAAGAUUAAGGACACUGCGCCCGCUUCAGAGCAGCCACCUUCCUCGCCAACAUGGAAAAUGAGCGUCCUUGAAUCUGUGCGCGGUAUAUUCUGGGGCCGACAAUCGAGCAACGACAGCGAAGCCGACGCUGUUAGUGGAUGGGUCGGCCGCAAAGGCAGAGGCAGAUGCCGCUCUGUCGGGGAGGUGCACUAA